GCCAUCAAGGACAUCCACUGGAAGCCUCUCCGUGCCUUACGCCCGUGAAGUUCAGAUCUGUGUACGUUGUGCUGGACCUGAUGGAGAGCGACCUGCACCAGAUCAUCCACUCCUCUCAGCCCCUCACCCUGGAACACGUACGCUACUUCCUCUACCAGCUUCUCCGGGGGCUCAAGUACAUCCACUCGGCCAACGUCAUCCACCGGGACCUCAAGCCCAGCAACCUCCUGAUCAACGAGAACUGCGAGCUGAAGAUCGGCGACUUCGGCAUGGCCCGGGGCCUCUGCACCAAACCCGACGAGUACAAGUACUUCAUGACGGAGUACGUGGCCACCCGCUGGUACCGCGCCCCCGAACUGAUGCUCUCCUUGCACGAGUACACGCAGGCCAUCGACAUGUGGUCGGUGGGUUGCAUUUUUGCCGAGAUGCUCGGGCGGAAGCAGCUGUUCCCUGGGAAGAAUUACAUCCACCAGCUGCAGCUGAUCAUCACGGUCUUGGGGACUCCCCCCGCCAAGGUGGUGCACUCCAUCGGGGCGGACCGGGUGCGGGCGUACGUCCAGAGCCUGCCGUCGCGCCAGCCGGUGCCGUGGGAGAGCCUCUACCAGCAGGCCGACCGCAAAGCCUUGUCGAUGCUCUCCAAGAUGCUGCGCUUCGACCCCCGGGAGCGCAUCUCGGUGGUGGAAGCGCUGAGCCACCCCUUCCUUGCCAAGUACCACGACCCCGACGACGAGCCCGACUGCGUGCCGGCCUUCGACUUCGAUUUCGACAAGCAGGUGCUGACCAAGGAGCGGAUCAAGGAAGCCAUCGUGGCCGAAAUCAACGAUUUCCACGACCGGCGGGAGGGCAUCCGGCGCCAGAUCAGCUUCAAGCCUGCUCUGCGGCCGGCGGUGGUCGGGGGCUGCGUGACGGCCUCCGAGCAAGGCCUGCUCCUCCGCUGCCAGGAUGUGGACAUGCCCAGCGCCGGCUCCCCUCGGCCCAGAGACAGCGACUACGCCAUGGCGUCUCCCACCCUCUACCCGCUUCCGGAGACCAUUGACCUGAUCUCUCCCCUUGUCGCCGAGGCAGUGGCCCAGCCUGAGGUGAAGGCCGAAGCGGAGCCUCCCGCCGCGCCGCCCAAACGGGAGGGAGCCAUCUCGGAUGACACCAAGGCUGCCCUCAAGGCCGUCAUCUUAAAGUCGGCCCUCCGGAAUAAGAACAAAGAUACCCCAUCCUCCGUCCCUGAGACGCCUGACAUCCGGAGGCCGGUGACGGCGAAGGAGCGUCAGCGCGAGCGAGAGGAGAAACGCAAGCGCCGUCACGAGCGAGCCAAGGAGCGUGAGAAGCAGAAGAAGGAGAAGGAGAAGGAACGCAAGGACAUGCUCACCGAGAACGACCGGAACCUUCUGGAGAGGUGGACCAAGAUGGUCGACCGCACCCAGAACAAGUUGGCCCAGAAUGGAUCCGCGGUCCUGCCGCAGGCGACCGCCGCCGGCCAUAUCCUAUCUCAAGUUCCUCCUGCCAACUCUUUGCCGCCUCAAGUGCCUCCUGCCAGCCACAUUCCGCCCAGCUCUUCCGCCAAUCCCUCGGCACCCACCGACUUCCUCACCUUCUCGGACAAGGGGGUGCCUGCCUUGAGACCCAAGCUCACUCUGGUCCCUGUGGGGGCAGAACUAGCCCCCGUUCAAGGGGCGAAUGCCAACCUGGUCCACUUUUUCCCCGCCCAGCCCACCCCGUUCCUGGUCACCUCCGCGGCCUGCCCGAAAGCCACUCCGUCCAAACCGGAGUGUGUGCUAAGUGUCAAAUACGGACCUGGGCAGAUAUUUCAGGCUCCGUACGGGGUGACGGCCCUCAAUGCCUGGAGCGCCGUCCCCCAGCCUGAGAACUGGGCCGUGACCGGCCAGGUGCCGGUGAGUCAGCCGGAGAUAGCGCCCCCUAGUGAAGCACUGCCGGAGCCGACUGUGAAUUACGGAGCGAGAACGGGUGUGGAUGACGCCAUAUUUCUGACGGAGGCGGGCAAAACAGAGGUGCCGUCACAGCCCAACCAACCCCAAAUGGCCUCAGAGCUGCCUUCAGGGACCACUGUGCCUUUGGAGCCUCCUGAUAUCAAUAUGGUGACUCAACAGCUGUCGAAAUCCCAGGUGGACGACAUUUUGCCCCCUGUCUUCUCUGGCACCCCGAAAGGCAGCGGCGCUGGCUACGGAGUCGGCUUCGACCUGGAAGAGUUUCUGAAUCAGUCGUUCGACAUGGUUGGAGAAAACCGGGAGAGUCAAGGUGACUCUGCUCCGCUCUCGGCCUCCCUUCUCGCCGACUGGCUGGAAGUCCAUCGCAUGAACCCGGCCGACAUGGAGUCCCUCCAACAGGAACUGCAGCUGGGCUCUCCCAUGAUCCUCUCCGACAUUCCCGACCUUCAGGACGCAUGAAACGUCUGCCUUCUCCCUCUCUCUCUCUAACUUGGUCGGCCGCCCCCAAAGGCCACGCCCACUUGUCUGUCUGUUGACCUUCCUGUGUACUCUGGCUGGGAGCUUCACCACUGUGCCUGCUGUCUUAUAUCUAAAAGGAAGACCCAGGUCAGGCCUGGUGAUUGUUUUGGGCUGGAGGCCUUAAAACAAAGUUUGAGAGGCCCUCUCUACCACUGGGUAAUCCCGGGUCUGUGGGUUGUGGGAAACGGAAUCUGCGCCGCUCACUAGUCACCACUGUCAUGACGCUAGGGGGCUUCUUCUCACGCUCACUGUGGGACGGGCGUCCGUUGACUCCUUCCGGACCCUCACUGUGUUUCCUCACCCGCGUGGCCUGAAGCAUGAACAUUACUUGGACAUGGAAAAGCGCAUGCGUUGCCUUGACCCUUGACCUCACUUUGUCUGAGUAGGUUAGAGAAUCGAACUCCUGAAAGCCGUUUGCCAUUUUUUUGUGGGGAGGGUUUGUGUGACUGUUCUUCCGGGAAGCAUUUGCAGCUCCCCCCCCCCCGCCUCCCCCAGUUCAUGAUGACCUCCUCGUAAAUAGCGGGGGCCUGCCCAGACGAACAACACAUGUUGACUUGAACAAACACUGAGAGAUUUGUUGGGGAGUGGAGGGUGUUCAGAUCUUUCUGUUACUUCAAAUUGAGCCCCACCCACCCACCCAAAUAAUGCUUUUGAGUGCUGGUUGGUCGAUUGUUACAU